AUGGAGAGCGCAGCGCAGCAGCUGAACGUCCCGUUUUAUUUGGGUCAAGUCUUCAGCAAAUGCAAGUGCCAACCUAACUUGUUACUUUAGAAAGUGCACUAAAAACAAUUUAAAAAUAAUUUUUAACAUUUGACGGAGUAGUUUUUAAGCUCUAUUGAAAUAUUGAAAAGCUGAAUUGUGUGUGGUCUUGCCGAAUGAGUCAAGAAGCCACACUAUGAUAGUUGGCAGUUGUAGCAGGAAGCGUUCCUCUAACAUGGAGUGUUAUGGGGAUUCAAGCGAGGAUGACAACAGCACCAGCACCAGCACCAGCAACUCUAUACUACUAACAGAUGACGAGUCAAAGAAGUUUGCAAGACAAAACCAUAGCGAGAUAGAGAAACGUCGACGAGAAAAAAUGAACACAUAUAUCCAAGAACUGUGCAAUAUUAUCCCAUCCUGUAGUGCUAUGAAAUCCAAACUAGACAAGCUAACGAUCCUGAGGAUGGCAGUGCAGCACAUGAAGUCAUUACGUGGGGCAACAAUAUCAUGCAAGGAAGCAAACUAUAAACCAUCAUUUUUAUCGGAAGAUGAGAUAAAGCAGUUGAUAUUAGAGAAUGCAGAAGGUUUUCUGUUUGUAGUGAGUUGUGAUCGAGGUCGAAUCCUCUACAUGUCUGAAUCAGUGAUGACCUAUUUGAAUAUACCGAAGGAAUAUUUGUUAGGACAGAGUAUAAUGGACAUGCUCCACCCAAAGGACAUCGGAAAAGUAAAAGAGCAAUUAUCAUCCUUGGAUCUACUUCCCGCUGAACGUUUAAUUGAUGCUAAAACUGGUAUGCUUGUCCGAUCAGAGGCCUUGCCGUCCCCACCUCAACUCUCAUCCGGUGCUCGGAGGUCAUUUUUCUGUCGUAUGCGAAAGGUCAAUGAACAAACUGUGAAAUCAGAAGCGCCGACCCCACAGAAUUCAAAGAAACGGGUAAAACACAGUCAAGAACGUAAGAACUAUGUAACAGUGCAUUGUACAGGGUACCUAAAGAGUUGGCCGUCAUCCAAAGUAGAAAACUUCAAAGAUAAUGAAAUGGAUAAUGGCAACUGUAAUUUAACAUGUUUGGUUGCAAUAGGCAGAUUACAGCCAAUCUUGGGUAAUCAAAAAAGUAACAGUAAAGAUAUAGCUGUAGAUAACAAUGAAUGUAGCAUUCAAGUCGUGCCGUUAGAAUAUGUAUCACGUUUGGCUGCGGACGGGAAAUUGACAUUUGCUGACCAAAGAGUAACAAUAAUUCUCGGAUAUCUUCCUCAAGAGUUUGUUGGAACAUCUGUUUAUGAAUAUUAUCACAUUGACGACAUACCAAAAAUGGCGGAAUUCCAUAAAUCAGUAUUAACGAGUAAAGAGACACAGCAAGUGGAAUAUCUAUUCAAAGCGAAAAAUGGAGAAUUUCUCAAGUUUCAUUCCAGAAUGUUCUGUUUUCGAAAUCCGUGGACGAAAGAAAUAGAAUAUAUUGUGUCAACUAAUACAACCAUCAAUUUAGAAACUAAUAUACAGCAAUCAAGUAACAACACCAAAUCUCAACUACAGAAAGCAUUAAAUGAUACGAAAGCUGUUAAUGAAGCAAGUGAAAUUCUUGGUCUUCCUGUGGGAACAAGGAUAGGUGCUGGAAAAAUAGGUCGUAUGAUAGCGGAUGAGGUUAUGGAACUAGAAAAAAGUGAAACGUCAAGUCUCGGAGAGAAUUCCUUGAAGAAUUACAGCACAAUACAUAGAAGUCCAAGUAUCUUGUCCUCCCAAUCUUUCACAUACUCAUCUGAUUCAGCAAGUUUGGAUAUAUCAUUGAACUCGUGUGGUUUUAUAGCAUCAUCCGGUAGGAUGACGCAGGCUAAUCAAUCAUCAGCGAGUUGUGCGCCAGUGAGACAAAACCAAUCACAUAGCUCGGUACAAAAUCUUCUUGAACUGUCAUCGAAUGCUCCAUCACCGAGCCCGUUGGGGAAGGAAACAGGAGAGAACAUUGGUGGGGGUGAAGAUGAAGCUGCGAUGGCAUUCAUAAUGAGCAUGUUAGAAGCUGAUGCAGGACUGGGAGGGUCAGUGGAUCUAACUGAGAUGCCCUGGCCAUUUUAAUAAUAAAAGAUGAAAUCUUGAGGGGGAAAAAAACACAAAAAUUCAAAGGAAACUUCCAAUUUUAAACACAGAAUGAAACAAUUCAAUUUUCACUGAUUUACAGACAUUUUACUUUGAAAAUCUUAAAAAUUUAUUACCAGUAAUUUCAGGGUCUAUGCAAAAAAUAUGGGAAUUGUAUUAAAUAUACAUGUGUAAAUUGACAAGGAUAUUUAUAUUUUUCAUUUUGAAUAGGGUAUUUAACUAUACUAUACCGGUUUCCCGCCAUUUAAAGACCACUUCUGGGACCUAGGUUUCCAUUGGUCUUUGAUUUCUUAAUUAGAAUGAGAAAGAUAUUAAACAUUGUUAAUUUAAAGUGGUCUUUAAUUGCAGGCCUGUAGGCAGAAGGGUGCAGAAAGUGUGGUUGCACACCCCGCUCCCCACAAAAAAAAAGGGGAAAAAAGGGUUCACUUUUCACCUAUUAUUUCACAAAAUGGUUGUCUAUAGGCCUACAGAAGGACGUAAAACGGUAUGGUAUUUCUUCACGUCUCUAAAAAUACAAAUUAACGAAAAUUUAAAUCGAAUAUUCACGAAUGGGUUUGAGAAAUGAAUUAUGUAAAGGCCCUCAAGAUGCUACUUUGUUGAAGCUUCUGGGGGAUUCCCCUCCCCCAAAAUCCCUCUCCAGGCUCCUGUCCAAGACCCUCAAAUUCUAAAAUGUCCACUUUUUAAAACCUAUUAUUUCACUAAAAACGUUCCUAAUUACAGUGAAAUGCUACAGUAUAGUAUGCUUUGAAUUUUUGCCAGCUCUUCUAACCGUCGAUUUUUAAUAACUGUGGUACAAAAUUUGUUGGAAAUGAUUAGCUACAAUGAUUGCAGAUUGAUCCAUUAUGAACAAUUUUAUCUGUAGGCCUACAGAUGUAAAGGACAUAAAAACAAUAUUUCUUCAGGUCCCUACAACACCCAAAUGAAUGGAAAUUUAAAAAGAAUAUUCACAAAUUAUGGGUUUCAGACCUCCAAAUUCAAAAGCUUAUUUUUUUUAAUGCCCUUGUAAUUCAGUAAAAACGUUCCUAAAUGCUAUAGUUACUAGCUAUAGUAUGGAUUGCAUGUUAUUUGCCAGCUCUUCAAGCCAUUGAUUUUUAAAUAACUGUGGUAUGAAAUUUGUUGAAAAUUAUCAGCUUCGCUCGCAAAAUGACCUCCCUAUUAAAAAGAUCCUGCCUGCGGUCCUGAAUUAGAUGAGUCUUUAAUUGGAGAGAUCUGUAUAAUUAUGCAAUUCCAAUACGGAAUGAUAUAUUUUAGCUCAUUACAGAAGAUAUAUAGCACUUGUGACCAGCUGACUGUUCAUAGUAUAUCCUGAUGUAUGAAUAAAAAGAAAACCUUAUGUAGGAAUUCAUUACUAAAGCAGUAUAUUUUUAUGACAUUAUAAAGAUAUUACCAAGGUGCCUUUAAAAGAAAGCAAGCAGGUUUUUUUGCAUCAGGGAUGAAUAGCCAAAAAUUGUCUGUGACACUGACAACUAAAAAAUUAUAGAUAACAGAAAGAUGUGGUACGGGCUCAUAACUUCCGGAAGAACGGUCCUUAGAAAAAUGCAGUGACGGCAUGAAACUACUUCCAGAGUAGGAUUAAGACCAAGUUGGCUCGUGGCAAAAAAAUUUUUGGCAAUCGUCAAUUGUUUGGUAGCUCAUUCCAGGUAUAAGAGAUGUAAUAAAUAAAAUAUAUAAAUAUACAUUGAAAAAGAAAUACCUGUAUUGAAAAUGUAUACAUCAUAGUUACCAAUCUGAGAUAUUUGAAAUGCGUGACUACACCAGUUGGGUGGGGGGGGCCGUGCCAGGAGUCAGGGGCUGAACCCUGGAGGCUGGGGCGGAACCUUGGAGGCUGGGGCGGAAUCCUGGAGGCCUGAGUUCCAAUCACAUAAUCAACGGUUGGUUGUGACAAUGAACGCACAAAAUUGCACACGACUACUAGAUUCUACUAAGUGUAUGGUUGGCUGGGUUGUUUUGGUCGGGAAAGAGAAAUUUUCUCGAUAAAUUGAUUCUUGAACAAGAUAACAAAAACUCUUUAAUGACUCAACCUACUGCAUGACCGUUUUUAUAUUUUUUAAUAAUACUAAUUUCUUCUAAUUUUAAAUACAUUUUCCCUUGAAUUUGAAAUCACUUUGAAAUGCGGGACUGUCCCACACGAUGCAAGACGGUUGGUAACUAUGAUACAUUAAAAAUACAUAGUAAGCAUCUACAGAUAUGGAAUAAUGAGCAUUCUAGACAUAAUUGCAUUGCACCCGAUGAUGGUCCAGGUUAGUCGAGAAAUCUGUGAUGAAAAAUAAAGCAAGUCGGUUUAGAUUACAUUUGGUUGAAAGGCCUCUGAACAUAUAAAGAGGUAGAAAAUAACACGUUGAGCUGAAUUGCAUAUGGGCAUGGUCCGUGACAACUGCAGCAGCCUUAGAGAGGUGCUAAGUUCACAUCAUGUAAUGAGACACUUUAUAAUGAUAUUGUUAAUACUUAUCCUGAAGUUAAUAUUUUAAGUAAUUCUAUUAACAAAUUUAGAAAAAUUAUAUUUGAUUACCUUGGGUAAUUUUUCUAUUGUUACUUUUUAUUGUGCAAUAAUUUUUUAUUAACUUCAUUUUUCUUUGUAUGUCAUUGUUUUAUAUUUCUUGUUUGUGUCCGUUCUUAUUUUGUCUGUGUCUUUUUAAGCCAGUAAGUGGCAAUUUAUUUAUUUUUAUUUUCUUUGUAUUUGAAAUAAAAUGAACAAAGAGGCAAUGAUUGCACCAGGAUCUGCCUGACAGAGGGGCUGAUUUUUAUUCCUCUACCAAACCUUCUCUUUUCUCUGAUGGGUGGGGAAGUGGCUAUAGCCCCUCAUUCCCCACUGCAAAGAGGGGUUAUGAAGGACAUUUUAAGUUGUAUAUAUAUAUAUAUAACAGAUAUAAAUUGCAAGAGUUGGAAAAUGUAUGCAAGUAUUUGUGAGCUUUUGUAAGCCAUAUAUUUUGAAGCAUUAUGGAUGUGCACACAAUUGUUAUAAUUUGUUUAUAGUGACUUUCUAUAUGCAGCCUUCAAUCAAGCAAAUACUCCCCUAAUACAAUGGGGAAAGUGCAUUUGUGUGUGUAUAUAAAUAUAUAUAUUUUGUGCUCAGAAGCUUUAAAUAAAAAUGAAAUUUGUGAGUA